AUGCCUCUGUUCAAACUGCCAGCAGAAGGAAAACAAAUCGAUGAUGCAAUGCGCAGCUUUGCUGAGAAGGUCUUUGCCUCCGAGGUGAAGGAUGAGGGAGGCCGGCAUGAGCUCUCUCCCUUCGAUGUGGACGAGAUCUGUCCAAUCUCUCUCCGGGAGAUGCAGGCACACAUGCUCCACAUGGAGACUGUGUCCGUCUCCGUGGAGGGGAGGAGAAAAAAGCGUUUCCAGGGGCGGAAGACUGUGAACCUGUCCAUUCCUCAGAGCGAGACGUCGUCCACCCAGCUGUCCCACAUCGACGACUUCAUCUCCUCCUCUCCCACCUACCAGGAAGUGCCCGACUUCCAGAGGGUGCAGAUCACAGGCGACUACGCCUCCGGGGUGGCAGUGGAGGAUUUUGAGGUGGUGUGUCAGGGGCUGUAUCGAGCGCUGUGUAUCCGGGAGAAGUACAUGCGCAAGUCCUCGCAGAGGUUCCCCAAGACCCCAUCCAAGUACCUGAGGAACAUUGAUGGCAAAGCGUGGGUGGCCAUAGAGAGCUUCUACCCAGUCUUCACCCCUCCCCCAAAGAAGGGAGAAGACCCUUUCCGCACUGAUGACCUUCCAGCCAACCUGGGCUGUCACCUCCAGAUGAAAGGUGGCGUGGUUUACAUCUACCCCAACGAAGCAGCGGCCAGCAAGAACGAGCCCACACCAUACCCAUACCCCAACUUGGAAGAGUUCUUGGAUGACAUGAACUUCCUGCUUGCCUUAAUUGCCCAAGGGCCAGUUAAGACCUACACCCACCGGCGCCUAAAGUUCCUCUCAUCCAAGUUCCAGGUUCAUCAGAUGCUGAAUGAGAUGGAUGAGAUGAAGGAACUAAAGAACAACCCACACCGAGACUUCUACAACUGCAGGAAGGUGGACACCCACAUCCACGCGGCAGCCUGCAUGAACCAGAAACAUCUCUUGCGCUUUAUUAAGAAAUCCUACCAGGUGGAUGCAGACAGAGUGGUCUAUAGCACCAAAGAGAAGAAGCUGACCUUAAAGGAGCUUUUUGCUAAAUUAAAAAUGCAUCCCUAUGACCUGACGGUUGACUCUCUGGAUGUUCACGCUGGGCGCCAGACGUUCCAGCGCUUCGACAAGUUCAACGACAAGUACAACCCCGUGGGGGCCAGCGAGUUGCGGGACCUCUACCUGAAGACAGACAACUUUAUCAACGGGGAGUACUUUGCCACCAUCAUCAAGGAAGUUGGCACAGACCUGGUGGAGGCCAAGUACCAGCACGCAGAGCCCCGCCUGUCCAUCUAUGGCCGCAGCCCUGACGAGUGGAGCAAACUCGCCUCCUGGUUUGUCUGCAACCGCAUCUACUGCCCCAACAUGACGUGGAUGGUCCAGGUCCCCAGGAUCUAUGAUGUAUUCCGAACAAAGAAUUUCCUGCCACACUUUGGAAAGAUGCUGGAGAAUAUUUUCAUGCCAGUGUUCGAAGCCACCAUCAACCCCCAGGCUCACCCGGAGCUCAGCAUCUUCCUCAAGCAUAUUACUGGCUUUGACAGCGUGGAUGAUGAGUCCAAACACAGUGGCCACAUGUUCUCCUCCAAGAGUCCCAAACCUGAGGACUGGACAAUGGAAAAGAAUCCGUCCUACACUUACUAUGCCUACUACAUGUAUGCAAACAUCACCAUACUCAAUAGCCUGCGAAAGGAGCGUGGCAUGAACACAUUUCUGUUCCGGCCUCACUGUGGAGAAGCUGGGGCUCUCACCCACCUCAUGACAGCGUUCAUGAUAGCGGAUAAUAUCUCUCAUGGCCUCAACUUAAAAAAGAGUGCGGUGUUGCAGUACUUGUUUUUCUUAGCCCAGAUUCCCAUUGCCAUGUCGCCGUUAAGUAACAACAGCCUUUUUCUCGAAUAUGCCAAAAAUCCCUUUCUAGAUUUCCUCCAGAAAGGGCUAAUGAUCUCCCUGUCUACAGAUGACCCCAUGCAAUUCCACUUCACUAAGGAGCCCCUGAUGGAGGAAUAUGCCAUUGCUGCCCAGGUCUUCAAGCUGAGCACCUGUGACAUGUGCGAAGUAGCGAGAAACAGUGUUCUGCAGUGUGGGCUUUCUCACCAGGAGAAAGUCAAGUUUCUGGGUGAUAAUUACCUUGAGGAAGGACCACUUGGCAACGACAUCCGGAGAACAAAUGUGGCCCAGAUCCGCAUGGCCUAUCGCUACGAGACCUGGUGUUAUGAGCUCAAUUUAAUGGCAGAGGGCCUUAAAUCCACAGAAUAA